UAUUAGUAUAGAAAGUAAAUUCAAUUUGUCAAUUCAAUUAUGCAUAAUACAUAUUAUAUUGCGAUCGAAUAUGCGACGAGGCUGUUCAAAUAAGAAAUCAGAAUCGGCAGCCGCAUUUCAGUCCGUUUCUGGGAUUUCAAUUUCAGUCACAGACACAUCGUCGGAGAUCUCACCGUCCCGUUUGCCUCCCGACUCUUCGAUUACUCGUCUCGUCUCAUCCCAUCCAUAA